AUGAAGUGCGAGCAGUGGCAGCUGGCCUUGGCAUUGUUCAGCGAAGCGUUGGAUACGAGACUGGAAUCUAACGUCAUCAGCUGGAACGUUGCGAUCAGUGCGUGUGAGACAGGGGAGCAGUGGCAGCUGGCCCUGUCGCUUUUUAACGACAUGCAGGAGGCGAAGUUGGAGCCCGAUGUUGCCAGCUAUAACAUUGUGAUCAACGUGUGUGGGAACGGCGAGCAAUGGCAGCAAGCCCUGACACUGCUCCGCGGUAUGUCCGGCGCGAUAUUAGAACCGAAUGUCAUCAGCUUCAACGCUGGGAUCAGCGCGUGCGAGACAGCAGUACAGUGGCAGCAUGCCUUCUUGCUGCUCAGCGAGAUGCGAGAGGCGAAAUUGGAGCCCGACGUCAUGAGCUACAACGCUGGGAUCAACGCUUGUGCGAGAGGCAGGCACUGGCAGCGGGCACUGUCGCUGUUCGCGCAAUUGCGGGAGGCGAAGCUGGAACCCGACGUCUAA